UGAAUCAGCUGUUUACAGGAUGCACUUCCGGGAUACGUCACCGCUGGACACGCCCCCUUCACCCCGCGGGAUGACAUCACUUCCUAACCGGCCUCCGAGUUGUCAAGGGGGGCCUGGGGUCGAGAUUGAACCCAGCUACGUGGGGGGCCCAGGCGGCGAGAUCAAGGGGCUCCGGGGGGUCACGGGGGUACGGACCCAGGCGGCGAGAUCAAGGGGCUCCGGGGGGUCACGGGGGUACGGACCCAGGCGGCGAGAUCAAGGGGCUCCGGGGGGUCACGGGGGUACGGACCCAGGCGGCGAGAUCAAGGGGACCCGGGGGGUCACGGGGGGUACGGACCCAGGCGGCGAGAUCAAGGGGCUCCGGGGGGUCACGGGGGGUACGGACCGAGGCAUUCGAAGUUUGCCGGUGGGACUCAAACCCCCUUGGACUGGAGGAGCCGAGUCGUCGUCGUCUCCGGCGAUCGAACCCCGGGACCCGUGGGGGUCUGUGACUCAGCCCCCUGGGACUCGGGGGUCGACUCAAGGCAUCAUUCGACUCAGGAACCCCCAGGGAAGGGAGUCAAACCUGAGACUCUGGGGGUGAGGAGCGGGGAGAUUUUCAGCGGUCAAACUCAAGGCCUUGAGACGAAGUCGACCGGCGUCUGCGGGUGGCGCCCAGGGCGCUCAGGGGACCGCAGCUGCCCUUGAACCUCGCCUCGAACUCGCCCUCCUCGCGACUCGGGGCUACCGGGCAGUGCACGCCAUGUUCUCAUGCCGGGGCCGAGUCACGCCGGGUCCGUGGCACCCGGGCCUGAGGCGUCUCCGCACGGGUUCCAGUUCCGCUGUUCCCCGUGGCCCGGCUGUUCCCGGGGGACCGGCUGUUCCUGGGGGACCAGCUGCUCCCGGGGGGUCAGCUGUUCCCGGGGGACCAGCUGUUCCUGGGGGGCCAGCUGUUCCUGGGGGGCCAGCUGUUCCCGGGGGACCAGCUGUUCCCGGGGGACCGGCUGUUCCCGGGGGGCCGGCUGUUCCCGGGGGGCCGGCUGUUCCCGGGGGACCAGCUGUUCCUGGGGGGCCAGCUGUUCCCGGGGGCCCGGAUCUCGUGUCCGACCUGGUGGCCACUUUGAGCGCGGGGCUCCGCGUGGCCACGCAGCGCGCCGCCCGCGCCGGGCGCCAGUGGUGGAGCCGCUACGAGGAGGUGGUGGGCCUCACGGAACUACGAGACGCGCAGAGCAAAGUGACGCAGGCGGAGGGGGUGUUCCUAGCGGCACGCGGGGCCGUGCGCCAGGCCCAGGCCCAGGUGGACGCGCUCCAGGUUCAGCUGCGCCAGGCCAGGGACCGGCUGGAGCGAGUGGAGAGAGACGACGCCAGGUACCUGGAGCUCGCUACUGAGGAGCACCGCCUCCUGCAGGAGGAGCGCGUGGUGCGCGCCAACCACGUGCGCUGCGCCCACGCGGAGCGCGACGCGUUCUCGGCGUUCUCGGCGGGCGUGCGCGAGAGCCACGAGAAGGAGCGCGCUCGCACCGAGCGCACCAAGAACUGGUCGCUCAUCGGCUCCAUCGUGGGGGCCCUGGUCGGCGUCGCGGGCUCCACGUACAUCAACCGGGUCCGCCUGGCCGAGCUGCGCCAGCUCGUGGGGGAGGCACGGGGCGGCCCCGAGUCGUUGCAGGAUGCGCUCCGGGAGCAGGCGGCGGCGCACGCGCAGCAGCAGGCGCAGCUCGCAGGCGCCGUGACGCAGCUCCGCACGCUGCUGCUUGCCGCCAGCACCACCAGGACCCAGCAGCAGCCGCAGCUGCUGGCACCGACACCCGGAUCCGCGGAGCCGGCGCCGAGCGUUGGCGGCGGCGUUGGCAGCGACGACGGCGGCGACAACGGUGUGGCCGGCGGGAUGCCCGCGUGGCUGGCGCCGCUGCGGGAGGCGGCGGAGCGCUCGGACCGGCGGCUCUCCGAGCUGGCGGGUGGGGUGCGCGAGCUGCGCCGGCUCGCCCGCGGCUCCGCCGCCGCCGGCCACGCGGGGCCCACGGCGCAAGUCGAGGGGAGCGGCGAGAGCGGCGAGAGCGACCAAACGGCGGCGGAACCGGCGGGGACGGAGCGCGGCCCGGAACCGGCGGACGGCGGCGCUUGGCCGGAAGGGACCGGCGCUCUGCGGGAGGGAACCGCCGAGGAGGAGGAGGAGAUUGAGCGCGAGGUGGCGGUGCUGGGCGCCCUGUGGGACACGGAGGAGCGGCUGGCGCGCCGCGUCGACCGGCUGGCGUGGGCCGGGGUGGCGCUGGCGGUGGGGGCGGCUGCUGUGGCCGCGGUGGUCGCGCGGGGGGGGUGAUGGCGCCGGUCGGGGGGCAAGGGAGUAUGUGCAACACACAAUUGUGCACACGGCAGCAAAUGUUCACCGUUAAUUGGCGGUGAAUUUACCAUGGCGCUUGUGCCAGGCUAGGUGUACCUCGAGGCCGUCACGUGAAGUGUGAAAGGCUCGCUGCUGGUAAGUCAUAGGACAGACCCAAGUGCCACGGGUUGUGCUGAGAUGACUGGUAGAUGCAUCAACUGUGCUCCCUACUGUGCCACCUUGCAAACACUUUAGACACACAUGUAACACGCAUACAUACACAUGCUCGCAAGGUUGGGACAUGCAUCGUUGAGUGCGAGAAGCAACUUUAAUGGAUGAAUAAUCGCUCGUGCCAGUCACUCACUCGCUCCCUCCCGGUUGUGCCUCCGUCCGCUUGUGACACCUUGCUGCUGCUGCGAUUGGUUACGUUGUGAUUUAGCGAUAUGAUAUGCGAUGAUUAAAGUGCAGAGGCAGCUGCUGCAGUUGCGAGUUAUCGAGGAGACCCACGUGGGAAACCCUGGAAACUACUGACAAACCUUCCCGGUGCUGGAGCUGUCAAUAAAUAAACCACGUCACGUGGUGGUGGUGAUGUUG